AGCACGUAGCACGUACAGACAAGAAGUACGUGUGGAAAACACCCCAUAUAUUUAGGCACCGGCAGGCAGUCGUAACUGUCGAAAGUUCAAAUCUGAGAAUUUUGGUGGAAGUAUCAAGGAACCAACUGCACUAUUGGCAACAAAGCGACUGAGAAGGGAGACGUAUUCAACAUGAAGCAUUUCAUUGUGUCGUACUGCUUCUUAGCACUCAUUUUGAGUGCAGCAUGGUAUGCUAAAGCAGAUGAAGAUGAUGACGAUGGAGGAAAGAAGAAGAAAGACAAAGAGACUGUUGGCACAGUUAUUGGAAUUGAUUUAGGAACAACAUAUUCAUGUGUUGGUGUGUUUAAAAAUGGACGGGUAGAAAUUAUUGCCAAUGACCAAGGCAACCGCAUCACACCCUCAUAUGUUGCCUUCACACCUGAUGGUGAGCGACUCAUUGGUGAUGCUGCCAAGAAUCAGUUAACAUCGAAUCCUGAGAACACCAUAUUCGAUGUCAAACGGCUGAUUGGUCGCACAUGGGAUGAUAAGUCUGUUCAGCAUGACAUCAAAUUUUACCCCUUCACUGUCAUCAACAAAGGCAACAAGCCUCAUAUCCAGGCCACCGUGAGUGGUGAAACACGUACCUUUGCACCAGAAGAGAUCUCAGCUAUGGUGUUAGGGAAAAUGCGUGACAUAGCAGAAGCCUACCUAGGCAAAAAGAUCACAAAUGCUGUUGUUACAGUUCCUGCCUAUUUCAAUGAUGCUCAGCGUCAAGCCACAAAGGAUGCUGGAACCAUCGCUGGCUUAAAUGUCAUGCGUAUCAUCAAUGAGCCAACUGCUGCUGCUAUAGCUUAUGGUCUGGACAAGCGUGAUGGUGAGAAGAACAUCCUUGUGUUUGACCUGGGUGGUGGCACUUUUGAUGUGUCUCUUCUGACAAUUGACAAUGGAGUUUUUGAAGUGGUGGCAACUAACGGAGACACACAUUUGGGUGGUGAAGAUUUUGACCAGCGUGUAAUGGACCACUUCAUCAAAUUGUACAAGAAAAAGACGGGCAAGGACAUGCGAAAGGAUAACCGUGCUGUGCAAAAGCUGCGUCGUGAGGUGGAGAAAGCCAAGCGUGCUUUGUCUUCCCAGCAUCAGGUUCGCCUAGAAAUAGAAUCCAUCUAUGAUGGAGAAGACUUCUCUGAACAGCUCACACGUGCCAAGUUUGAGGAGCUGAACAUGGAUUUGUUUCGGUCAACUCUAAAACCUGUAAAACAAGUUUUGGAUGAUUCCGAUUUGAAGAAAGAAGACAUUGAUGAGAUUGUGUUGGUAGGAGGUUCAACUCGUAUCCCUAAAGUGCAGCAGCUGGUGAAGGAGUUUUUCAAUGGAAAGGAGCCCAACCGUGGUAUUAAUCCUGAUGAGGCUGUGGCAUAUGGUGCAGCUGUGCAGGCUGGGGUGUUGAGUGGAGAAGAGGAUACUGGGGAUCUGGUGCUGCUUGAUGUCAACCCACUUACUUUAGGCAUCGAAACUGUUGGUGGUGUCAUGACCAAACUCAUCCCUAGAAACACUGUUGUUCCUACCAAGAAGUCACAGAUUUUCUCAACUGCUGCUGAUAACCAGCCCACUGUCACCAUCCAAGUAUUUGAGGGUGAACGCUCCAUGACCAAGGAUAACCAUCUUUUGGGCAAGUUCGAUCUGACCGGCAUCCCACCUGCUCCCCGAGGUGUCCCACAAAUCGAAGUUACCUUCGAAAUUGAUGUAAAUGGCAUUCUUAGAGUUUCUGCUGAGGACAAAGGCACUGGAAACAAAAAUGACAUCGUGAUUAAUAAUGAUCAGAAUCGUCUGUCACCCGAAGACAUUGAGCGCAUGAUUAAUGAUGCCGAAAAAUAUGCUGAUGAUGACAAAAAAUUGAAAGAACGAGUUGAUGCUAAAAACGAAUUGGAGAGCUAUUGCUAUUCUCUCAAAAACCAGGUAGGUGACAAAGAAAAACUAGGUGCCAAGCUGAGUGAAAGUGACAAAUCAAAGAUAACUGAAGCAAUUGAUGAGGCCAUCUCGUGGUUGGAGAGCCACCAGGAUGCUGACACCGAAGACUUCAAACAGAAGAAGAAGGAAGUAGAAGAAAUUGUACAGCCAGUCAUCAGCAAACUUUAUGAGGGAGCUGGUGGUGCCCCACCACCAUCUGGGUCUGAUGAGGAUGAUCAGGAAAAGGACGAGUUAUGAGAAUGCAUAGACUAGUGAACUUGCUAAAAAAAAAUUUCAAUUAUAUUGCUGUGAAGGAUACAUGUCGGAUGGUUGUAUGUUGUGAAUUUGUAAGUGUAAUGGAUGGUUACAUAGGAUUCACAGAAGGGACAAAGGGAGAUGUCUGAAUGUUUAAAAGAAAGGUGUGACUGGUUUCAUGGACUUUUCAUUUGUACAUAAUAAAAUAAUAUAUCCAUUAAGAAUGUGUGGUGGUUUCAAUAAUGUACAAACUACAUUUGGUUUGAACAAUUGCUGUUAAUAAAACAUCAUCAUAUUCA